AUCUUUUAUACAUCGCGUAUAAUUGAUACUGCUUUUGAAGAAGUAUUACCCCAAAACACGAGAAAACACAGUAGUGUUUUAUACUUACAAAACAGAGUUGGAGACGCUUUGCACAGAGUAGAGAUACUUUGCCGCAAUGGCCAGAGGUUUUGACGGGAAUAUACAAUCAGAGAAACCGAAACGAAAAAGGAAAUUGUUGCCUCAUUCAGAUGACAACGUGACUGUCGCAAGGAAAGUCAGAAAAAUCACAUUAGAUGAAUCUUCAAAAAAUAUUGAAGUUGAAGAUGCAGCACCCGUACAUAGAACUUGCAUAAUAUGUGGCUUACGAGAAGCAAGGGCUUCCUUCGUAUGCUGCUUCCCUAUGCCUGUAUUAUGCCUCGAAUGUGAAAUGGACAUUGAAUACUGCCCUAACUGUAGACUUAAUUUUACACACCAACACAGAAGAUGACGUUCGCUUAAUGUCAGUGAUAUUAUCUCAAAACACCUACAUGAUCCGUUGGCACACUUGAAUGGAGUACUUCAAAAGCAUUUUUUCUGAAUGUGAACAAGUUACUGUGUCGUUCUGCAUCACAAUAAGUUAUGAAGAAUAUCUGGUCAUACGGCAGGCGAUAUCAUAAUAAAAAAUAUAAAAAGGCGAUAGUUAUAAAAAGCUCGAAAAGAUUUAUUUCAUUCAUAUUUUUGGUUGAAUAUUUCGUUAUCUCAAAACAAAUAUUGAAUAUUUUAGUGUAUUAUAAAAUACUCAGGAACGGAACCGCUGGCGGUCGUCACUGAUGGGAUAGGUGGAACACAGGUAUUAAACCAUUCAUCCUGUUUCAUUGCAGUUCGUUUCCAUAGUUCAACGUCAACGACGAAAAAUGUUGCACACAGAUGCAUUGGACAAUCAAAUUGAU